AUGUCGGCCAUUUACAAUCUCGAGCCUCAGCCCACGGCGUCUGCCAUUAUCCACACUACGCUUGGCGAGAUUCAAGUCGAGCUGUUCGCGAAGCAGACACCAUUGACCUGUCGCAACUUUCUUCAGCUCAGUCUCGACGGAUACUACGACGGUACAAUCUUCCAUCGUUUAGUGCCCAAUUUUAUUCUACAGGGAGGCGAUCCAACCGGUACUGGAAAUGGUGGCGAAUCGAUUUACGACGGCGGCGCAUUCGGCGGCGACCUGGACCCUUGGCCGAUGGACCAGCGUCACGGCAAGAAUGCUGGACCGACGGGCAUCAACUUUAGGGAUGAAUUUCACUCGCGCCUCAAGUUCAAUAGACGCGGACUACUAGCGAUGGCAAAUGAAGGCCAUGUCGACACGAACGGGAGCCAGUUCUUCUUUACCCUCGACAAGACGGAGGAGCUGAAUGGCAAGAACACACUCUUCGGCCGCGUGGCAGGCGAUACUAUUUACAAUCUGGCCAAGAUUGGCGAAUCCGAGGUGGAGGAGGGCACAGACCGGCCAAUGUACGCCGUCAAAAUUGAGCGCAUCGAGAUCUUGGUAAAUCCUUUCGAGGACAUGGUAAAGCGUACACGCGUGGCUACGCAUCAGCAGAAAAAGCCGGCAGAGAAGGACAAGAAGAAGAAGCGCAAAGCCGGAAAGCAACUUCUCAGUUUUGGGGACGAGGAGGGCGACGAAGAAGUCCCUUCGCUGCCAAAGAAGGCCAAGUUCGACACGCGAAUAGUCAUAGACGACGGUUCGGCCGAGGAAGCGCACCAAGAAAAAUCUACAAAAUCGAAAGCAUCGAAGAAAGAAAAGACAAUCACAUCCAAGGUCAAGGACCAUGGGGUCGAGCCGACAUCAAUACAGCCAGCCGUGCAACCCGCAAAACCAGAAGCAGCAGUUACACAAGACAGCGAUGAUGAGGCAGCAGUUGAGAUUCCGGAGGUACCGAAGAAAACCGCCUUGCAAAUAGCCAACGAGGAAAUGGCUGCUAUAAAAGCUUCCAUGAGAAGGACUAUACAUGCUGUCAAAGACGAGGAGCCUCGAAAGAAGUCAACCUUGGCGUCAAUGAUUCCGGAAACGUCCAUUCGAGGGGCGCGCAAGAGACGGGCGGGCGGUUCUAGCGCCAUCACUCCGGAUGAUCAGGUUACUCUCAAACUCCUCAAGGGCUUCCAGUCACGGCUUGACAAAGCGCCACCAGGAAAGGAGCUGGUCAAAACUGGCGACGAGGACGGUGGCGGGUUCAAGGAGAGCCAAGCCGGAGACGAUGAAGCAGAGCUCUGCGACCUACACUUUAUCGCAAACUGCCAGAGCUGUACGUCAUGGGAUAAGCAAGAACAGGAUGAGAGCGAUGACGAAGGCUGGAUGUCGCACACGCUGUCAUUUGCUGCCGAUAAACUCGGCAAGGAUUUGAGGAAUCGUAAGAAGGCAGAGGAAGAACUUGUUGUCAUUGACCCUCGAAGCAAAGAGCAGUCAAUGCGCGAGGAGAAGCGAGCAAAGAGAGAUGCCCGACCAGGAGGAUCCUCACGUACGUGGGAUCAACGGCGGGACCAGGCCAAAAAUGCUCGCAUGUCUCAGGCAGCAUCGCUGGCAGGUCGUGGCGCCAAAUAA